CCCCCUCCUCUCUCGACUCGUCUAUUGCUGCUCAUCAUGUCCCCCGAGCCCUCCAAUCUACCGGCCCAGGACGAACACGAGUCCCGCACCACACACGACGGUACCCCUCGCGAAACUCGCCCUCGACGGUCGCGUCGCAAGAAGGACGACGACCACGAAGCCGACCGCAAAGAUACGGUCCGAUCGGUUAAAGUGAAGGAUAAGAAGGAGGAAGAUCAAGACCUCAAUACCAACAAGGAGAAUCGCGAAAAGGAGCCCAAACGAGGCAGUCGGCGCCACCGAGACAAGUCCCUGUCGACGACGAGUGCCCAUCUAGCUUCAUCGUCUUCACAAGCCCGCAAGAAGCCAAAGUUAGAGCCCGCCACUCCAGACCAUAGUCCGGCGCCCGCGACUGUCUCUGUGCCUGGACCGACCGGGCCUGCUCUGCCGUAUGCAGCGACCGCAACAGCCGCAGUAGCAGCCCCAGUACCUUUACAACCUUUACACGCCCUUCAUACUCCUCCCCUCUCGGCCAUUCCCCUGGUGAAUGCUGCGGUGACCGCGGCUUCAGCUCCGACUCCCAGCACUCCGGGGGCUAGUCCUUCACGGCCCAGCGUCCCUUCACAUCAUCCGGCGCCUAUGCAGUCAACGCGUCCACUCCACGCGACCUUAUCCCGACCUCCGUCGUCUCAUCCCACUCCCACUCCCCCGCCUGCGGCUUCACCUUAUUUGACCAUGAUGCCGUCCGUGCCACCACCACCACCACCCCCCCAUCAUCAUGCUCCUCCCCCGCCUACUGCUUCUCAGCCUCCGCAGCGGACCAGCGGCCAGAACUUCGAUCCGAUUCGUUCAGCCUUUGAUACUUCCGCCUCCGCCCCUCCGGCAUUCAGUCCUCCUACACAUUCCAUCUCUCCCCGUCCCAACCGCGCCAGUGCAUCACCCGCCAUUGCCAGCAUUAUUGAUCCGCCGUCAACGGCAGCCCCAUCGAUAUACACCCCCCGACCAUAUGCGUCUCCUGUUUUAGGUCCCCCCAGUUAUGUUCCCUCCCCCGCGGUUCCUAAACCCGCACCCACGCCGCCUCAAGUGCCUAUUCAACUACAGUCUCAACCGACCUCACCUUAUGCCCAUCGAUCUCCUUAUGCUGCGCCGCCUCCACCAGCACCGGCCCCGGAGCCAUCGCAGUCGGUACAGCUACCAUCUACAACAGUUUCCGCUACACCAUCUUCUACACCCCUACCUGUAGCAUCGCCAUCAGUACCACCGACGGCGGUAGUGGCGGCGGCGGCGCCGGCACCGGCACCGGCACCAGCACCACCCGCUCCCGCCCCGUCUACAAAGGCACCGCCGUCCCCCGCGCCAACACCGAUGGAUGUCGAUACGGACCCUCCCGCUUCGGCGACUGCUGCAUCCAAGGCAAUUAAGAAGGAUGCGAAAUCCAGUCCUGGAGUCGCACCAGCGUCUAAUGCCACAUCGCCCAAACCUGCCAAACCGGUCAAGGACUCAGCUCCUCCCCCAUUACCUCAAGGUUCAGGCUUGAUCUCCAAUGCUCUCUUUGGCGUGGACGGUAGCACCUCCACAAGCGAAGCUUCGCAGCGUCGGACCCCUAAUAUAAUCCUUCACAUCCCACUCAAAGGCAAUGGCAACAGAAUUGUCAACUUUGCCCGCCUGGCAGAGGAACAGUACGGCUUCGCGGCGCUACAUCCGCGACUUGCGGCCCAAAAGGAGCGCUUAGCGCGAGUCGCAGCCGCUGGAGCGGCCCUCGAGCGCAACGACAAGACUGGACGAGGAUUUUCUGCCGGGGAAAGUGCGGACGAGGAUCUCACCCUUGACGUCGACCGCGACAGUGAAAUGGAUGGGGAUGGCGCCAUCGGCGCAUCCGCGCGGUCCACUGGGCCUGAGCUCACUGACGGCAAGAAGAAACGACGCAAGAAGAAGAUGGAGGAAUAUGAUCGGGAUGAUCCAUUUGUCGAUGACAGUGAGUUGGCCUGGCAGGAACAGGCCGCCGCCAGCAAGGAUGGAUUUUUCGUCUACAGUGGCCCACUGGUACCCGAGGGCGAGAAGGUGCAAGUGGAACGGGCGGACGGCACGAUCAAAAGAGGCCGUGGCCGGGGCCGUGGUGGUCGCGGUCGGGCCCCGGUCACCACACACCACCAAGUGCCCUUGGCUGCCGCCGUUCCCAUCUCUCAGGAGACUGGCCUACCUGUCCGCGGUCCUGGAUCGCGUGGCGGCAACACUUCUCGCCGGGCUCGCGUCAGCAAAGCUGCCCGGCACCAAGCAGACCAUGACAAGACCGGCAGCACCGCAUCGACCUCCGGUCGCGGAGGGGGUGCUGCGAGUCGCGGUGGUUCAACGAGUACUCGUGGGGGCAAGACGCCGAUGGUUGAGCUAGCCCCAAGGCCGAGUCUCGCCCCCGCCCCUGCUGGUCCCAGUCCAGCUACAGGCUCCGAUCUUGGGAGGAGAUAUGGAUAGAGGCUGUCUUCUGCAGAAUGGUGUGGCUCGAAGGUGUCCCAGAGCCCCCUCCGGCUCCGGAGUAUGCCAUGAAACACGGAUGCUUAACGUCUUUCCUUCUUUUGUCUGUUCUAGGUGUAAUCGGGAAUCGUGAACCUGCUGCAUGUUUCGGGAAUCGGUGUUUGCUUUAAUUCUGUUCUACUGCUUCGCUUAUUGACUUGUUCGCUUCCAAUGUUUGUCUCCUGCUCGCUCGGUAAUGGUUUAUACUGGGACUAUUUACAAUUUACUCCGAGUCUGGCCUUGAAUACAGUCACCCGGCAAUUAUUGCAACGGCUCUUCACAUGUCUCCGCAGUAUAUAAGGGCCAGUAGGGCAUUUCCCCUUCCCUCUCCUU